CCUUCCAUGUCUCCUUCUCUCUCUCUCUCUCUCUCUCUUCAUAUACGAGCACCAAUUUCUAGUGUGCUCGUGCGCUUCAAUUUUCUAUAAAAGCCUCCCUGCAAAAGCAGCUAUACAGUCCAGUCCAUACUUGUAUUUCCAAUACUACUUAAUUACCAAAUGGCGAGCGGCAGCGGAUCUCCGUGCGGCGCAUGCAAGUUCCUCCGGCGGAAAUGCGCGGCGGACUGCGUGUUCGCGCCUUAUUUCUGCUCGGAGCAGGGCCCCGCUCGGUUCGCCGCCAUACACAAGGUGUUCGGCGCCAGCAACGUGUCGAAGCUGCUGCUGCACGUGCCCGCCGCCGACCGCUGCGAGGCCGUCGUCACCAUUGCCUACGAAGCCCAGGCCAGAAUCAGAGAUCCUGUCUACGGCUGCGUUGCUCACAUCUUCGCCCUUCAACAACAGGUGGCAUAUCUGCAAGCGCAAGUGAUGCAGGCCAAAGCGCAGCUAGCGCAAAACGUGACGGAUCAGUCGUCGUCGGCGCGAAAUGGUGAUCAGAAUCAAUGGAAUUGCGGUGCAAUGGGGCCAAUUCCGGCAGCGAAUUACAGUAAUUUGUACUCGAGCAUAUCGCCGCAGAGCUCACUGGACUCGAUCGACCAGCAAGAAAUCCAAAGCAGAGAAGAUGUUGAGCACUACUACUACACCAAGAAGAGACCUUCUCAGACUGAUCUCAGCGAGCUCCAAGCGCUAGCUCUUAGAAUGAUCAACAAUCAAGAUUGAUUUUUUACUUUUGUACUCCUAUAUAUAAUGUUGUUGGGAUAUAGUAUAACUCAUGAUCGAUAUAUAUAUAUAUAUAUAUAUAUAUAUAUAUAUAUAUAUAUAGGUUAGUGAUCAAGAUAUAACUAAUCCUAGAGAACAAAUCUCAGCCACUCAUUAUCUUAAUCUAAUGAGUAAAUUAAGUAUUCAUUUUCUUUUAAUAAAAAUUGCAGGGGUAUUUUGGGAAAUACAUUGUUCCAUAUUUUGACAUACACCACAUUCAUGUAUACUCUCUCUACGAAGGAGGUGGAGGAGCACAAAUCAACCUCCUCUCAGGCGACGCUCUCCUCCACCGGCUGCCUCUCGCAGCUGCUUCCCCCUGUCAGCUGUAGGCACUAUGCUAAAGAAGAAUCGCCAGAGAUUUCGCAAAUGGAGAUCGGAGAAUAUGGCUGUUUUCGGCAGAGGCUUUUUGAAGGGGCGCGGGUUUGAAUUAAUUGAAUUUCUGCUCUCUGUUUGAUCGCUGCUGCUCCAGACGUCGGCUUCGUCGAAUUCGAAUUGAUCGGCGAACUCCGACACGGAGAGCCUGGCUGAGCCGCCGAGGUAGCGGUGGCUCUUUGUUGCUGCCACUGAAGUUGAGGAAAUGAGAAUCGAUUAGAGAAGAAGACUUUGUAAAUAUGAGUUUGGGUGUAAUAGUCCGACUGUAUAUAAUUUUGUUUUGGAUAAGCUAUGCUAUGCUAUGCCAAUAAUUCAAAUAAUUACCUA